AUGAAGCUCUUCGGGUGCGUGGUCAGCCUGUACUCGGCUGUCGGGCCUCUCUUCUACGUGGCCAGGAUCUUGGGGGCCGCUCCAAUGACCACCAUUCCUGGUAAUCUUGCCCAGAAGUACCAGCUGUCUUGGAAAUGGAUAUCCUACUCUGCUGCUUUAAUGUUGCUGUUCCUAGGCUACUCAUUUUGCCACCCUUUUUACCUCCAUUCUACGGGGCCUUACUCGAGGAACAUGGCAUUCGCCGUGAUCAUCCAGAUGAAGCACGGACUGCUGAUGUUUCUGGCGGUGUAUUACCAUUGGAGCCGGAGCCGUGAAGUGCUGGCACUGAUGGCCAAAAUCGACGAGUCCUUCUUGCACAACAGGAAAGCAUUCUAUCAACGUGCUUUCAUCCUCAUUUUCCUGAAGAUGUUUUUCCUGCUGGUCUUAAAACUAUCCCUGCACAUCUGCUUGGAGAUCACACUCAUGCCAUCGUCAACAGGGCUACCCAACACUGUGUACUCGUGCUACAGCCAGGCGUUCCUCGAGGUCUUGAUGCUAGAAUUCACGACACUCGUGCUGCUGCUGAAGCAGCGCCUCUCCGAGCUGAACGAACAGGUCCAGUGCGUGAUAGAAGUGUGCCGGGCCCACCCAUACCGGGUGCGCGCAGCUCACCUCCGAUGCCUCAUGGACUUCCACGAGGAACUCUGCAGGGUGUGCGAGCUCAUCAACUCCAGGUUCGAGGCGCAGAUGCUGGUCAUAUUCACAGUCUACUUUGGAUUCCUAGUCACCUACGUGUCCUCGGAAGUGCACUCGCUGCUGGAAUGCUGCGGCAGCGGAUGCCUGAUGCCGGAGAAGCUGUUGCUAAUCAUCUACAUCACCAGCGACCACCUGUCGCAGAUGUCGGCGAUCAUUUUAUUCUGCGGCUGCGCGACCAGGGAAGCAGCCCGCCUGCGCCGACUGCUGCUGACGCUGGACUUCCUCCAGGUGCCCGACCCAUGUGUGGCUCGGAAUGUCCAGCGGUUUCUCACGCAGGCCUCGGCCGGCCGGAUCCGGUUCAGCGUCUACGGCCUCUUCGAGUUGAAGGGCAGCACCAUCUUCUCCGCCCUCAACAUGGCCAUUUCCUACAUCAUCAUCCUCAUUCAAGCAAAGCGACAGUAA